ACGCGUUUCCUCUUCCGGGUCACGUAUUAGGAACGUCGUGUGAACGGCGCGACAAAACAGAAAGUUUUUUUCUCUAGAAAUCAAACAGUUUAGUCUUUUACGGCUCUUAAAUCCAAGUAUUUUUGACGGAAUCUUACAACUUGAGCGAUCUCACAGAGGAAAUAGAGACCAGACGAAGGUUUGUAAGUGCACUGAAGCUGUUGUUCGGUCAUGUCAGGAGCAUUAGUGUGCUAACAGUAACUAGCGGGCUAUCAGGGAGUUUGGCGGAUGUCGUUGAUUUUAGUCUACAUGUUGCCCAUGAGCAGCACCUUUCUACCUAAAACACUGGGUGCAAAUCUUAAAAUAAAUGCAAAUUCGAACUGGUUGUAGACACUGAUUUGUGUGCGUAAAAUGGUGUGUUUGUGUGCGUCUUCGUUAUUAGCUUAAAGUCAGACAGCGGGGUUGUGCACAGGUAGACCAGAUCAGGACUUUCACAUCAUGUCCCAAAUUAGUGCACUGCCUGAAGAUACGAAGGUGUGUUGAAAUCUCUGUGACAUGUUUUCAGACGUGGGAGAUGUCUCUUCCUAAACGGGAGGUGGAGGAGUUGAGGCCGUGGGUGGAGCGGACGGUGAAGAAGGUGCUGGGCUUCUCAGAGCCCACGGUCGUUACUGCCGCUCUGCACUGUGUUGGAAAAGGACUGGACAAAAGGAAAACCACAGGUAGAUGAUCUAGGACUAUGUGACUCAUAGCGUGUGUUGCUGCACCGAAUUUAGCCAAGAUCCCGAGAAAUUCACAUUUAAACCCUUUAACAUGUCACUGUAAUUCAUGUUAUCUUUUGGAAGAUGCAACUAUGAGUACUAUCAAAUGUUAAAAUGAUUGACUAUGUCGUAAAUCCAGGCAAGAAGAUUACUAUUAAUGAGUCGACUGCAUGAUUUACAACAUUUUCCAGAUAAUUAGCCAAUAGUCAGUGUUUGUAUGAGUUGUUAUGCUUUACAUGUAGAACAUAGUCCAUUCAAUAGUCCUGAUUCUAGUUGUUUAAGGAUACAUUAGUGAUGACAAAUAUCAAUCAAUCAAUAAAUCAAUCAGUCUUUAUUUAUAUCGCACUUUUCAUACACAACCAUGUCGCACAAAGUGCUUUACUCAGAAAAAAAUUAACUUAUUUUAUCUGUUUGUUUUGAUAGUUUUAUUUAGUAUUAAUGGCUGUGCAGUUCACCAGAGCCAACUGUGUGAUAGUGACUUAGAAACUGCUUUAAGUUUACCAAUUUUUAUUCCAGGUUUUAGUUUUGUGUGAUACAUUUUGGAGCUCAAAUACUAAAAUGAAAUCAAAGGCAUAUAAGGAUGAGGUAAGAAGGACUUCUUUUAACCUGCCUCUACUAUUUGUUUGACUUUGUCUCAUCAAAGACCAGUUGCGGCCCUUUCUUGACGACUCUGCCGGAGGUUUUGUGGAGCGCCUUUUUGAAGCUCUAGAGGAAAGCCGCAGCGCCCGUGGUAAUAAAGGAUCAGGUGAAAAGAACCGCAAAAGAGAACUGAAGGUAAACAACAUAGGGUUGCGUGUUUGACUUAGCAAAGUUUGUUCGUUUAUGCAUAAUUACGACCAUAAGCUAAUCUUUGUAAUUACUGGGGAUAAUAGUGAGCGCAUUAACAUGCACUCUAAGAUUGUCGGGAAAUCCACUCUGGAUAAAGCCGGAAAUAAAUUUUCUUGAAUGUCAUAAUCAUAUUGCGAGACUAAAGCUAAAUAUUAAGUCAUAUUACAUGACUAGUAUUAAAGCACUUAUGUUUGGCUUAAUGUUGGCAUUUUAUAUUGAUGUGAAUGUUUUGGCUGCUUGGUUUCAGGAUGUGUUUGGUGAUGAAGCUGAAACGGGUGCAAUGAGAGAAGCUUUCCAGUCAGAAGAUGGGACCGUUGCAAAGAGGAAACGAGUCCCUCGGUUUGAAGAGGUUGAAGAGCCCGAGGUCAUACCUGGACCUCCAUCUGAGAGUCCUGGUAUGCUCACCAAGAUGCAGGUAAAGAUUUUUUUCCCUUCUAGCUUAGUGAAGAUUUUUAUUAAUAAUUUGUUUUGAUUUUUUGAUGAACUUCCUUAAUACUGCUCUUUUCCACUACAAUUUUAGAUAAAACAGAUGAUGGAGGCAGCCACGAAGCAGAUAGAGGAGAGGAAGAAACAGCUGAGCUUUGCCUCCUCAGUCCCUUCUGCACAAGUGUGUAGCCUACUUUUAUUUGAAAAUAAAAUUGAUCCUCAAACUUUGGAAAUAAUGCAUAAGGAUGUCAGGCAGUGCAUUAAAACUUUCUUCUUUUUUUCACAUCACAGUCACAAAUGGACUCCCCUCCAGUCUCUCGGCUUCUUGGCUCUCAGGCUUCCGCAGUUUCAGGUGGUGCGUCAUCCAUUGCCCCUUCCCAGGCGGCCAGCUUCAUGAAUGAUGCCAUCGAAAAGGCUCGCAAAGCUGCUGAGCUACAGGCCCGUAUCCAGUCCCAGUUAGCCAUGAAGCCCGGUAUACUGGGAGCCUUGGGGAACACUGGGCCUCACAAUCUAGUGGCUUUAGCCAAUCUUCAUGCAAUGGGAAUCGCCCCACCGUAAGUUAUGCUUCAGUCUGUGAGACUGUGAAAUCAAAGAGGAAAAAAUCCUGGGAUGAUAUCUGCGUUAACGUGGAAUUGAGAAAAAAUAAAAAACAGACAGAAAUCUCUGUGUUUCAAUUUACAGGAAGGUUGAAGUGAAAGAGGUGAACAAGCCAACACCUCUUAUUCUAGAUGACAAAGGAAGAACUGUAGAUGCCAGUGGCAAGGAGGUUGAAUUGACACACCGCAUGCCCACUUUGAAAGGUACGUGUUCACAGAUCUUCAUCUUUACAGUUUUAGAUACACAAGUUCAAUCUCUCGUUUUAGUAUUCCUUCAAUGAUUGUCCAUCAUCUGUGUAGCUAAUAUUAGGGCAGUGAAAAGGGAGCAGUUUCGUCAGCAGCUGAAGGAGAAACCUGGAGAUGACUUGGAGUCAACAUCCUACUUUGACCAACGUGUUAACAUCACACCAGCUCAGCGCCCUCGCAGGGGCUUUAAGUUCCACGAACAGGGACGCUUUGAGAAGAUCGCCCAGCGAAUUAGAACAAAGGUGAGUUUCAACCCUGUCCAUCAUGUGUCCAAAGUAGUGGUUAUUUCAGUAUCAUAACUGAAUUUCUCCUCUGUGGAUCAAUAAAGUAAUAUCUUAUCUAGAACAAGGUCAGGAAUCACAGAGUAACUUAUGAUGCGCUGUCCUAGUACAUGGACUAGGAUAACUACAAUAUCACCGGUUUGGAGGGCAAUCACAUAAUAAUGCAUCAUAUCUGAUAAACUGAGGAACACAAUGAUAAACGUCAGGGUUAACAUCAUUUGCUCCACCACUGGGAGGCAUAAAUUGGUGAUGCUAUGUGUUGAAUUGGAAGAGAAAUGUGCAAUAAGAAGCUUAUAUUUUCAAAUUAAAAUCCUGAUAAUAUAAGAAGAACUUUGUUUAUCCCCAAGAGGAAAUUAAAUAAUUGGUGCAUUUGACAAUUACAGUGCAGAGUGCCAGCAUAUUGCUGUAUAAAUAUUUUGUCCAACACCUCAUCUGGUUUGGAAUUGAAAUCAAAACAUGACUCAAGCACUAAAACUUUUCUGUCCUUUUUUCCAACCAUCUUGGCCACAGUCCCAGCUGGAAAGGUUGCAGAAUGAGAUUGCCCAGGCUGCAAAGAAGACCGGAAUCCAGGCAUCCACCAAGCUUGCACUGAUUGCCCCAAAGAAAGAAAUUGGAGAGGGGGAGGUGCCUCGCAUUGAGUGGUGGGACUCCUUCAUCCUGCCCUCCAACGUAGACGCGUAAGAAAAUGGUCGAUUCAACACUUGAUACAGUAGAGGGCAACCAAGCCCUGUGCUGCAGGCUCUCUUGUGAAUCUUUUCUUACUCACUCUCUGAGCCACUUCUAAGUAACACUUAACACCCAAAAGGAUUGUACAAUCUAUUGAUUCUUAUUAACUGAGAUAUUUUUUCCCCUCUUGUCUUAUGAAGAACACCUAACUCAAAAUUUGAAGAGUUUGAGCUGUUCGGUGUGACCAACCUGGUAGAACAUCCUGCCCAAAUUAGCCCCCCUGGUAAGUGAAUGGAAAGUUUAAGUCUGCCUUAUACUGAAGGUUCUCCAAAAGUACAUGCCUAACAUCUGUUAAGACAUAACCACCCAUGGAAGAAUGUCCAUGAUGCUGAAUUUUUUGCAGGUGUUGUCAUCAAUUCCAAAUGAUUCAUGAUCAAGAUUUCUUAAAAAUCUGAAAGAUGCAAAUUAAGGCACACAUUAAGAAAGAAAAAGAUGCAAAUUAAGGCACACAAUAAGAAAGAAAAAGAUGCAAAUAUGUGGCAACAAAGGUGAAUUUUCAUGGACAUUUACAAUUGCUAUCUAUUAAUGCUCAAUAUUUUUACAUUUUUACUUCAGAAAGUGUUCUUUUAUAAAAAGUGGUUAAAGCUCACAACAAAAGAUGUGCACGUUUAUAUUAAAAAAAAAAAAAAAAAAAAAGGCAGUGAACAGGGGGUACUUUUUAAUGUUAUUCAGCAUAUGAAGUUGCCCUGUUGAAACCAGUACACUUUAUUUUUGUCACUCAGACCUUGGUUCUGUAGUUCUGCCCUCCAUGGAAUAGUUUUUUUUAAGACUAAAUGCAUUAUUAUGCAGAUGUGCAGCCGCUUCUCACAACAAACAGACUAAAAAUACUCCCUGAUUUAUUGCCUUGUUUAUUUUGUUUGUGAUUAGUAUGUGUUCCCUUAUUUAUCACAGUUGACACAGAUAAGCCAGUAACACUGGGUGUAUACCUGACAAAGAAAGAGCAGAAGAAACUGAGAAGGCAGACACGAAGAGAGGGGCAGAAAGAAGUUCAAGAGAAAGUUCGCCUGGGACUGAUGCCUCCUCCAGAACCUAAAGGUAUCCACACACAGUUUCAAGCAUUUCAAACUGGUGCAUUGAACAAAAUUUAACAGAAGUUUCCUUUUUGCUUUUUUUCUCAGUUCGUAUCUCAAACUUGAUGAGAGUGCUUGGGACAGAGGCAGUCCAGGACCCAACAAAAGUGGAGGCCCAUGUCAGAGCACAAAUGGCCAAAAGACAGAAGUUAGUACUAAGAUUAACCCCUGCACUGCUAGUUUGAAUUUUCACUUUAACAUUACACAAUAAUCUGUUGAAAAAACACCCUCAUGAAGCAUUUUCUGACUGUCCCCGCUCUCUUUCUUAGGGCCCACGAGGAGGCCAAUGCAGCUCGCAAACUCACAGCAGAGCAGAGGAAAGAGAAGAAGGUCAAAAAGCUAAAAGAAGAUCUCACUGAUGGUGUUUAUGUCGCAGUUUACAGGUAUGGAUUCGCAGGAAGAGAAAAGGACUCGUACUGUUUUUGAAUAUAAUACACAUCAUGAAGUGUGUCUAAUCUUGGCGCCUUAUCUUGACCGUACAGGAUCCGCAACCUGCAAAAUCCAGCAAAGAAGUUCAAAGUGGAGGCCAAUGCCAACCAGCUGUACUUGAGCGGCACAGUGGUUCUACACAAAGAUGUCAACCUUGUAGUGGUGGAAGGAGGUAAAAGACAAAAGUUAAAGUGCCAUGUCAAACCUAUUAAUGCUUUUCGAACAGCUGGUGCUGUAAAAGCACACGGUAUUGAACAAACAUUUGUGUUAAUCUGCACCUUGCUGAUAAAAUGAAAAACAAACAUAAGAACUACAGAAAACCUGAACUGGCAGUUUUAUGAAGCGCCUCAUGUGUAUGACAGAGAGGCAUGACUUAAAUGAAAUAGAGUGGUUCUCAUUACUGUCACUGGACUUUCAGGAGAAGUGAGAGACAAGGAGCCAAAGUGUCAAAACACUUUGAUGCAUUAGAGCUCAAAGUUUUCAAUCUGAGUCAAAGUCCUUUUAUGUUUGUCAAGGUUUUAACAUUUUGUGCCCUACAACUCUUGAGAGUGUUAUGUAAGCAUAUUGCUAAGCUCACUGCAGAGAUACACUCAUGUUCAUCUUAGAGUUGGUCCAGUAAGGUACUUGAUUUUUGAAGUGUCGCUUCACUUUGACCAUGCUGGAUGUUAUUUUCACUGCUGUGUUUUCUUUCCCCUGCUACUGUUGAAAAAUAAAAAGAGAAACCUUAAAAGUCAGAUUAAAAAAUGAAAGUUAUUUCUCCUUUUAGGUCCUAAAUCACAGAAAAAGUUUAAGAGGCUGAUGAUGCACAGAAUCAAGUGGGAGGAGCACAACAGUAAAAGAGAUGGUGAGAGUGGCUUGACUUGAUCAACGUUCUGGUUGUUAUGGCAUCAUGCUUGUCCAAAUGAAACAGAAUCUUAUUAUCUUUGUUUUUCGACAAGAUCCAGAUGGUGAUGAUGAUACAAAGAGAAACAACAAAUGCUGGUUGAUAUGGGAGGUUAGUGUUCACACUAAGGCAUCUGUUCCAAAUAAAUUGCCACUUCAGUGUUUGUGAUCUCUCUAAUGUGUAUUAUUUACCCUUGGUUCACUAGGGUACGGCCAAAGAGCGAAGUUUCGGGGAUAUGAAGUUCAAACAGUGCCCCACGGAAAGCAUGGCCAGAGAACACUUCAAGAAACACGGCACAGAACACUACUGGGAUCUAGCUCUCAGCCAAAGUGUGUUGGACUGCUCAGAUGACUGAAACCCACCAAGAAAGACUUCUGCACACCUUCGUCAAAACCCCCACACCCAAGGCCUCAACAGCCACCCAGCUCAUUACUGAUGACUUGCUGCCUUCAGCUGGGGACAGAUGGGCUUAUCAAGAAGACAUCAGAAACAGAGGAACAAUUAACCUUUGUGAACAUUUGAAAACUUCAGAUGUGAUAUGUGAGAAUGUGUAACAGAUUAGGCCGUGUGUGUUAGCCUGCAUAAAUGUUCUUCUCUUUGGUAGCAGGCUAUCCUGUCAGACCGUGUGUAUUUAAGUACCUUCUGACAGACUACACUUUGUGAUGUAAAUCACUCACCUAAGGCUUUAUGUGAUGGCAAGAAAUAGUGUCAUAUGAUGUUGUUAUUUCCCUGAUGAAACCUCCAUGUACGCUGAUAAUUCCUUUUUGAGUCAAGUGGUGAAUAAAAGUAGGCCACGAUUAAACGACUAGACCAGGGGUGUGCUAACAUAUCCUGGGAUAUUAAUAAACAUCAUCCUAAGAUUUACCUAUGGCAUAACAACACUUCAACAGAUCCAAUACAUCAAAAUCGUUUUUUCGCGUUGAAUAAACUGCAAUCUCACAUGUAGCCAUAUUGCUCUGUUACUGCACAGCCACAGCCUUUAAUAAACAUCAGACAAACCAAU